CACGGAGAGGGAAAGUGUUUUAUGCACAGUCUUGUGGUUUCACAGCUUCGAGCUGAGCCUGGGACGCCAUGUCAGCCGCCUAUCUCCAGAACCACACUCCUGGGGAUUCUCCAGCGUGUAGAGAGAGCCAGGAGCGCACCAUGAGCCCGGGAGACGACCGAAACCAUGACCCCGAGCGCUCGGGGCCGGACGCCGACCUGCCCGCGCCCGUCGCCGACCUGAAGGUCACGCACACCAAGAUAUUUAUUAACAACGAGUGGCACGAAUCCAGCUGUGGAGGAAAGAUUCCUGUGUACAACCCAGCUAAUGGAGAACUAAUCUGUGAAGUAGAAGAAGGGGUCCAACGAGAUAUAGAUAAGGCCGUGAAAUGCGCCAGGGAGGCCUUCCAGCUGGGCUCGCCGUGGCGACGGAUGGAUGCCUCGCAAAGGGGCCGGAUGCUGAACAAGCUGGCCGACCUGGUGGAGCGGGACCAGCUGAAAUUAGCCACUCUGGAGUCCAUGGACUCGGGGAAGCUGUUCCUGAUGGCAUACUUUGUGGAUCUGAUGGGUACGAUCAAAACACUGCGCUACUAUGGGGGAUGGGCCGACAAGAUUCAGGGCAAGACGAUCCCCAUGAAAUACUUCACAUUCCGGCAUGAACCAAUUGGCGUGUGUGGUCAGAUUAUUCCGUGGAACUUCCCGCUGAUGAUGUUUGCGUGGAAGAUCGCUCCGGCGCUGUGCUGUGGGAACACAGUGGUGAUCAAACCAGCCGAGCAGACGCCGCUGACCGCUCUCUACAUGGCCUCUCUCAUCAAAGAGGCUGGAUUUCCGCCUGGUGUAGUGAACAUCGUCCCGGGAUACGGGCCCACCGCCGGCCAUGCCAUCUCCCACCACAUGGACAUCGACAAAGUGGCGUUCACGGGCUCAACCAAUGUUGGAAAGCUUGUUAAGAAGGCUGCUGGUGACAGUAACCUCAAACGUGUCACCUUAGAGCUGGGCGGCAAGAGUCCCAACAUCGUGUUUGCAGACUCGGAUUUGGAGCACGCGGUGGAGGAGGCCCACCAUGGCCUGUUCUUUAACCAGGGCCAGUGCUGUCUGGCGGGCUCCAGGGUGUUCGUGGAGGAGCCCAUCUACGACGAGUUCGUCCGCAGGAGCGUGGAGAAGGCCCAGAAGAGGGUUCUGGGAAACCCUCUGGUCCCCGGGGUGGACCAGGGUCCACAGAUUGAUAAAGUGCAGUUUGAUAAGAUCCUGGAGCUGAUUGAGAGUGGGAAGAAGGAAGGGGCGAAACUGGAGUGCGGGGGCGGGGCCUGGGGGCAGAAGGGACUGUUCAUCCAGCCAACCGUCUUCUCUGACGUCACGGACGACAUGCGCAUCGCCACGGAGGAGAUAUUUGGACCAGUCCAGCAGAUUAUGAAGUUCCGGACCAUAGACGAGGUCAUUAAGAGGGCAAAUAACACGCACUACGGGCUGGCGGCCGGGGUCUUCACCAACGACAUCAACAAGGCCCUUACCAUCGCCGCUGCACUGCAAGCAGGCACCGUGUGGGUUAACUGCUACAACGCCAUGAGCUCCCAGGCUCCUUUUGGUGGCUUUAAGAUGUCAGGAAACGGAAGGGAAAUGGGUGAAUAUGGUCUCCAAGAAUACACAGAAGUAAAGACCGUUACCAUCAAAAUCCCGCAAAAGAACUCCUAAACUGGACUCUGUGCCAAGGGCCAUGCUGGAAGCAUCCACUCCUCAUGUCCACGCUGGAGAUGAAGAGGUCCACGCGAUUUAAUAUAUCAUUAUUAUUUUUAUUAUCAUUAUUGUUGCCAUUAAUAUUACUAUUAUAUUUUUAAAAAUUCUUAGAAUGUGCAUGAGCAAGUUGACAAUAGUCUGCCGAGGUGAGGCCGUAAGUGAUUCUUGAAAGAGGCUGCAGUCGUGAAGAAGCGCUUCACCGUGAUCGUUGGUGUGAUCCCCGGGAGAAGUGUGUUGCGUGAUUGCGUGUGACAGCCGUGUGAACGGUCAUACAGGGUUGUAAUUACGGAGCCAAAACCUCCUCUCAGUUAUGCUGGGGGGGCUGGUAACAUGUGAAAAUGGAAACUGUCAUUGUACAUAUUUUAAUGUGUAUUACUGUAAAUGUUUUGUAUUUUGAAAAUGUUGUGAAGGAAACAAUCACGUGUCUAAUUCUUGGAUAGCAACCACUGACUGACUGUAAGAUUACACUCCAACAGCGAAUCAGAAUAAUGAAUAUGGUGCAUUGCCACAGGCUGAUUGUUAUUUUUAUUUACAUUCACAGUCAGACAUACACAAGCACGCAUACACAAUUAUGCUUUUGGGGGCCCAAUACCACAUUUUAUUUCCUGCCCCACUACCCCCCACAGUAGAAUGUGAUUGUGGCCAUGCCGGGGUAGAGGGCUAAUCACAGGACGAGGGCCACUGUUUUUUUGUCGUCCCCUGAGCCCUAUCUAGUAACAGAGCCCCAGAAGGCUUUCUCAUCCCCUGCGCCCCCACCCCCACCCACCCACCUUAUGUGUGGGCCUACGUGUACUCACACUUAUACAC